AUGAAGCAGUUCGUGCAGAAUCGUGAAGGCACGAGCGCUCAAACACUCCUGGCAAAUCGUUCUCUGACACCGCAGCCUAUAUCCCACCGUGACCAGGCAACCCACCCUCAUGAUGAUGUAGGCCAAAUCCCAAGAGCGGCCAGCCGUGAUGGCAGACACAACGACACGAAGCGUCACGACGCCGUGAAAUUGAAACUUCCAGUACCAAAUACCAUCGGGAAACGCCCAUCACCAUCAGACUAUCCACCCGACGCCGGUCACAAUGUCGCUGGCCAUGUUUCCACCACCGCACACAAUAGCUCCGCCCGUACUGUACCUAACAUGCAGGCACCUCGUCGGCCUGUUGCAUCCGCUUUCGAUGACACACAGAGCAUCCAUUUCGACGACUCGACCAGCAUAGCAGAAGAUCAAGAUGGCCAGAUGAAUAUGCACGUCCGUACUGGCCUGCCGCGCAACACUCCGGAUCCUCUGCGAACAACAUCCGUCCAACACCUGUACAACACAUAUGAAGGACAUCCGGCCGCACCACAUGAAAGAGAAGGAGCUGUGGGCCGCUUACCUGACUGGCAGGCUACGGUAGAUGCCGAACGUCACCGGCAAGGUCAGCCUCCGAAAUUUGGUACACGGUUCGACAAUGGUAUUACUGAAUACACGUACAGCGACGAUGGACACGACGAAGGCUACGACCUAGAUGGAGAGUAUACUGUACCUUCCCCCUCAUGGGACAACACUCCAUCACGAACUCGAACUGCUCGUGAACCCAACCCUACCCGAACACUGAAGAAAGGCGUUGUGAACAGUGCAGUUCGUCAUGCAGUGACCGAAGAACCACCCAGCCCUCCUCUGCCGACGAAGAGGAAGCCUUUGAGUGCAAUCGGUCCCACUGAAAUUACUGAACUUCCACUUAAUCAGCACAUCAAUCGUUUCAAGGUUGGCAAAGCAGCUGAUGGUGACGAUUUGGCUGCCCCAUCCAAGGAAAUCCAUUCAUCCGUCCAUGCUCCUCAAGAACACUCCUCAAACAUGCCGCAACCGGCAUUCUCCUCGAAAGUCUCCUCCUACAACGAGUCGUCUUCUGAGGAAGACCAGCCCCACCGUCUGGACGCACCGAAUUCCACUCCUAGUCUCAAGAGAUCCCAUCAAGACUGCGAUUUAGACUUCGACCGGAGGACUCUGGAAACAAAAUCCAUCACCGAUCUAGACGCCAUCCCUUUCGCGACAGACCCAUCAGCGGCCCCUCCAGAGCCUGCCGUUGACGCGAAUGGCAAUCAAAUGACCGUGUCGGCCAAACUCACGAACCUGACUAAGAUGCGUCCCGAGGACCAACGGCAGUUUUUCAAAUCCCAAACGGACGAGGAGCGUGAGCAAACUGCCAGCUGGUUCUUAGACAAGUUCAGAUCAGAUAUGCAGAAAUUAAUGGCCGUAAGACUCGAGCGGAGAAAGACGGCACUAAAGUUUGAACUGGAAGUCAAGAAGCACGAGAGAAGAGUCCAGCUGAAAAAAGCCGACGUUGAUCGCGAGCUGGAAGGCUUGAGAAAGGGCGGGGUAGAACUGAUUAGUGGAAGGGCAGCCGCCAAAUGA